AUGCCGAACGGCAUUCAGACCAUGCUGAGGACGUGUCUGGUGCCGGAUGAUGAAGUGAAAGAAUCCAAGUGCAAGGAAAUUGAGACGACCCAGGGAAAAGAGGACUCGGAGAGUUCGGGCAACGAGGGGAUGCCCACUGAAUCCGAUGCCAGAAAAUGGCAACAAGGUAAACAACACGCAGAAAGAGGGUUUCCACUCGGAAAGAAGACUACCUCCUCGGGGCAUGAACAUGUGUCCAAAGGAAGAUCAAGGAGCAUGCCAUUGACUCCCGGGAAGUCAGAAACCCUUCGAAUUUCUUGGAUAGGUAUGACCUUGUCCGACUCUUCUUAUGAUCCGAAGGCCUGA